CUGCAGGAGUCUCACUACAAACUGACUUCAGCCGGGAGCACACUACUGUACGCUUCACUAUAGGAUUACAGUCAUCCAUCAGCUCAGGACUGCACAGUUUCUCCAGGAACCAACACCAACUGUAAAGGGCAGCAUGGGGACGAGCAUGUCAUGUGUCCCCCAGCACAACUUCAGAUUCUCCAGCAAGAGUUUCAUUCGCAGAAACAGCAGUCGUCUGUUUCGCAAGAAGAAUCCCCAGGAGGGCCAGGAGAAGUCCAACAGUAUCAUCAAUAUACUGUGUACUGUCACACCCAGAAAGGAAAUGUCACAUAAAGACCUGCAGACAAUAGAGAACAUCAAAUGGGAUCCUCCGUUUCCCUACGACCCGGCAAGUGGCUGGAAGAAAAGCAGCAUCAACGUCAAGAAUUACGGACGAAUGAUCCACAGCUCCAAAGUUCGGUUUCGCUUCCAACAUUGCCAGGACAUACACGACUGUUACCUGGACCUUUUCCAGACGCACCUCCAUUUUGUGUCCAACAACACCACAGGCCUCACCUACCAGGGAACGCUUCCACUGAAGGAGAUCACAAUAUGCAACCUCCAACAGAACUGCAACCACAGCCAAGCCCAGGAAUUCAGUUUUCAAAUAAACGGUGUAAGUCUCAAUCCCAUUAUCGUCUACUGUGCAAACCAAGAAGAAAUGGACCAGUGGUUUGGACUUCUGAAAGAAAACAUUGAAGCAAAUGGAGGCACUCCGAUUGCACCAGAAAACUUCACAAGGGUCAAAUUACACCAGGAGGGGACUAAAGUCGGAAAAGAGGAGCUGAGGAACUCCAUCAACAGGGAGCCUAUCUACGAGUGGGAAGGCUCUCAGCGCGACAGCCUGGGCCCAAUCACUUAUGUGACCAAAGUCCGCCUGCAGCACCUCCCCUGUCAGGAACAAAGUGACAGAAUCCUAGUGAUGUACACGUCCACACUGAUCAUCCUCUCAGAAGAGAAAGAUGGCCUGUUCUACAAGGGAAAGCUUCCUCUGAACAUGGUUACUGUGACCACUCCCUGCCAAGACGUCAAGCCCAACACAUUUAUGAUUGAAGGCAAACUGAUCAACCCCAUAGUAGUGUCCUGCCUGGACAGGAGUGAGUUUUGUGACUGGAUACAGCAUUUCAAAGCUGCUGAUGUCCCAGUUCUCAGCCCCCCUCCCCCUGUAUAUGACAUUAUCUAUACUCCAACACAAAAAGAGGGUCCACAAAUUGACAGGUGGAGUGUUAACAGUCAAGAUAAGAAGGACUCUCUGAGGUUCAGCCAGAAUGGACGAACUUCUCAAAACAUCCCAUUUCCAAUACAAGAAGACAACCCUCUUUCUCCGGGAUACGCAGAGCCCCUUUGUUACUCCAGCCGACCCUCAUCCAUAGAAACCGCUCGCUACGGCAGUCGAAACAACAGUGUGUCGUCUCACACGCGACCCCCCUCCCUGCGCUACUCCUCCCCUCAGCGUGGCUCCUACCUCCAGCCCAGCGAGACCUCUGCACUGUACAGCACGCCAUACUCUGCCAAAAUGCACCCACACGCACAGCGCCUGGAGAAAGCCCCACUCGUAAAGUCGAACAGCUGGAGCACCCCUCAGAACUCCUACAACUGCUCAAUCAGCUCAAACCAGAGGCAUUCAGACCUGUGCGCCCCUCGCCAGCCCCUGUCGCCCCUGUACGACGAGCCCUGCACCCCUGAGAUCUACUCCCUGGAAGAGGCACUACCAACGUGUGAAACUUGGCAGGAGCCCAUGCACAGCCACCAGCAGCCCCCACAGUUCCAGCUCAAGACCCCUCCGAUGGGCCGACGCUGCCAAAGGAGCCUGGUCCUGACCAACCCCCAGGGACAUGCUCUGGGGCUGGACAUGGAGCUGCCCCAGAGCCAAGCGGAGAGGAGGGCGGAAGCAGUGUCCAGACUCAAGCUGCUGCCAAUACCCAGCCACGUCCAAGAGCAGACUCUCCCUCCUUUAAACCCAGCGAUGAACACUUCUCAGAUGUCUUGCGGUUACUCACCAGGUCGGCAUUCGUACCUUGAACCGACAGACCCAGAUGACCAGGAACUCGACUAUGACAACAUUUGGGAGUUUGACUGUGAUCCCGGGAUGAUUCAGCCCAUGUCUGGCAUUUCAACACACUGGACGGGAUUAGAGUAUGGGGCCAGGGGCCUUGGUGCCAUGGCGACGCAGCAGAGAUGGUCAUAAAGCUGAACAAAAGGUCGGCACUCGUUUGGACGUGUGCUCACAGCAGAUCCCUAUCACAGAGACGUUAACAGUGGGUCUGUACUGUCUGUACCAACCACUCCAAUGGAAUCACAAGACUGUUGUGUUAAUAAGGACUGAGGAAUGUGACAGAGACAAUUAAACAUUAUGAGAAAUGGGAGGACGGCUCCCUGUUGUUUAUGUAGCAAGUUUAAAUGGUUUGUCCUGGAGAGUGAAUGACUGUAUAAAACAGCUUUAGUUCAUAAUAUUUAUACUGUUUUCUAAUAUGCUGUAUGGUUUAAUAGUAGCUUAACUAUACUGUAAAAUGCAUUCCAAAAUGGCAUGGAAAAUGGCUGUAUAUUUUGUACAUAAUGUAAAUGUAAUAUUUUAUUUUAUUUUCUAAAGCUGAAAAUGCUCAAAGACGUUACAGUCUGUGGUAAAGGUGUGGCUUAUUUUGUUGUAAUGUUUGGAAUGUUUGAAGUGCUUAUUUAUACUUAAAAUAAAAGUGGAGACUUAAACCAA